AAUUGGACUAAUUAGACAACUAUACGAAUGAAGCUACUUUUGUCUUUCAGGACUUUAACUGGGACUUCCUCGCUCCAUAGUCCAGUUGUUCCAAAUAUAAUUAAUUGCUUUACUAUUAGAUGUGUCCGAUAUUCUCAUUACUUUAAAUAUUGCCUUCGUGAUAAGGUAUUGUUGGCUCAGGAGACCAAGAGUGGAUCACUGCCUAAUAUCAAAUCCAAGUCACCAUCAUAUCACAUUCGCACCUGCCAACCACAGCCUGUCCGCUAUUUCCACAGCCACAGCCUCAGUAGCAGCGGCAGUCAUCGGUAUGAUAUUUUUCAAAAAGCGAUGCGAUCCGACUAUAGUAGUUCAGCAGUAUUGACUUCGAAGCGAAUUCUCUCAGCAAUUACAACAACAGGCGCUGUGACAGGCGAGGAACCUACGAACAAAGAUAUUAGCGAUAUUACUGAUGAGAGGGGCUUGAAACGAAGAUACGAAACGAUAUCAUCACCAUCAUUCAUUAAAUUGACAAAAGAUGAGAGAAAGAUUUUUCGCACAUUACUUGGCGCAGCUAAGUACUAUAAGAGCCGCACUAAUAAGAAAGUUAUCCUCCGUGUUGCAGGAGGAUGGGUCCGCGACAAGCUGUUAGGAAUCUCAAGCAGAGAUAUUGAUAUUGGAGUAGAGGGGAUGACGGGACAUCAUUUUGCAAAGAUCCUGAACGAAUAUUAUAUUUCUCAAGGAAAGCCAGAAAAACGCUUUGUCGUUAUUCCUAGAAACCAUAUGCGAUCAAAGUACUUGGAAACCGUUAUUAUGCUUAUUGCCGGAAUGCCCAUUGACUUCCUCAAUCUUCGAUCCGCGGAUUAUAAUGACUCUAUGAAGAUUCCAGGCGAAACUGAUUUUGGAUCACCAUAUGAAGAUGCUCACCAUCGCGAUUUUACCAUUAAUGCACUCUUUUACAACCUUCAUACAAACACUGUUGAGGAUUAUACUGGUAGAGGAGUCCAGGAUCUUCAAGAUGGCUGGAUCAGAACCCCUCUUUUAGCUUAUCAGACAUUCUGGCAAGACCCUAUUCGAAUUCUACGGUGUGUUCGUUUUGCAAGUCAGCUUCGGUUUCAGAUUGCAGAUGAUGCAAAGCAAGCAAUACUACAGAAGCAGGAGAUUCGGAAAGCAUUUUCGAAAAGCAUUUCAUAUGAGCGCGUUGGCAGGGAGAUGAGCAAGAUAUUGCGGGACGAUGCUGGUAGAGGAAUCGCAAUCCAGCUCAUACGAGAGCUUGAUAUGUAUGAUGUUAUAUUUGCACCUCCUGAAACCAGUAUUCUUGUUAAAGGUACCUCUGAAGUUCGCGGUGAAAGAGGAGAUGUGGAUCAGGCUUUUCAAUUGGCUUGGAUAAUGGAAUGGCUCGUUCAGAUUCGUCCAUGGAUGACCGCAGGGGAGGACAGGAGACGGCUUUCUAGAUUGAGCUACGAUUGGGAUUCAGGACUGCAAAAACUGUUGAAAGAGACUCCUUAUCUUGAGGGAGCGGUCUACAUGCGAACCACUUUUAGUAAUAAUGACAACAGAGAAAAGAAUAAGGACAGCAAUAGUAACAAACCUUCUAGGAGUAAUAUUGAUAUUGAUCAGAAUAACAAUAUACUUGAAGAACGGGGCCAGAAGAAUAAUAUAGUUAACAACGAAGGCAAAGAGAUCGAGCUCAAAAACGAGGGCAAGGACAAGGAUGAGGACAAAGAUGAGAAUAAGGAUGAUGAUUAUGAAGGUCUUUCAUCAGAGGAACUUUUGAAACGCAGCCUAUUCCUUUCAACCAUCUUAUACCCAUAUAGAAACAUGUCGACAGUCGUGAAUGGUACUGGCAUGCCUGCUAGUCGAUGGAUCUGUCUAUUUAGAUCCAGGGUCCGUAAAAUCAACAUAAUGAUGACAUCCAAAAUAUUACAAGGGUAUAAGGAUGCACAAGGACACGUUAAUAGAAUCAUAUCUGCGCAAAGCGAACCGUCUGUCAGAAAUGAGGGAUCUCAGCUGGAUGAGAAGGUAAAAAUGGUGAUGGCAAUUAGAGAUAUUGCUGUGACGCGACACAAUGGGGAGCAUUGGCCAGGUGUUUUGUUAUUUGGGCUCGCACAAGAAUUAAUCCCUAAUCAUGACCAGCUCAGGCAAGGCGUCAUCGAUCUUGACGCUAAAGCCAAGGUCAUAAAAUAUAGUACUUUCAUGUCAAAGGCUGCAGCAUAUGACAUUGAAGACUGUUACAAUUGGCAGCCCAAGGUCCUAUAUAAAGACCUAUUAUCACUUGGAAUAAGAUUUAAUAGGAGAUACACUUGGAUAGCUGAACAGGUUUAUGAGUGGGAGCUUAAGCACCCGGAAGCAACAAAGGAAGAGUGUCUGGAAUGGGUCAUACAGAAUCAGCAUUUGUUUGCAUAAGACGAAUGAGAUUAUCCACUGCUGUAUACAAGUCGUUAAAUGAAGGAGAGGAGAGAUAAGGGAGAGAACUAUCUUUCAAUAGCUUGUCAAGGACAUUUUAGCAUGUUGAUUUGGGGAGCGGGAGAAUGAAGCACCUAGAUAAAAUCGUCAUCCGCCUGUCUUUCUAUUCUUUCUUUUUCAUUUUACCCUAUUCUGUAAGUUUUGUUGUAAUGAAUGUCCCGACAUCUUAGAAUCAUAAAUUACGCACUCAUAUAUAGAUACUCAUACACCGCCGUUUACUGCUUUUUCCUACUUUUAAUUAAUUUAACAUGUAUUGGGCACAUGGCCAUUUAAAUGAAAG